CCAGUGCCGAGUGCUGCGCCAUGGCCCGUCCGUCGCCGACCACCGGCGCCCCCAGCGCGCUGCUGCUGCUGCUGCUGUCUCUGCUGCUCGCCUCCUCCUCCUCCUCCUCCUCCACCGCCACGCCGGAAGACCUGCUGAGCUCCGUCGUGGACGAGUGCCUGGGCGCGCGUGGCCUGCCCAUGUCCUGCCUGCGCCUCAAGGUGCUCGACUACCUGGACGCCACCACCGGCUCCGGUCCCGCGGCCGCCACCGGCCGCUCCGCCUCCGACAUCGACGCCGACGCCGAGCACCUGGACGCCAUGAUCCUCAGCCGCGCCCAGAGGUUCCUCGAGACGCACCAGUUCAAGCUGCAGCUGCCGGAGUUCGCUUUCGGGCGCGCCGAACUCAUCUUCAGGCCCUCCAAGGGACUCGCGGAUUUCGACGUCAAGUUCCCCACCGAGAGGUCGGAGUCGGAGAAUGAAACUGAGAGGUCGCUAUCCGAAGCCCGUGGCAUGCUGAAGAAGAAGUUGCUGAUGCCCCUCCUGCUGCUGCUGAAGCUGAAGAUGAAGGCGCUCACUCCGAUCUUCCUUGCGAUCAUCGGUAUCAAGUCGCUGAAGGCGUUCAUCAUGAGCAAACUGGCGCUGCUGCUGGUAGUGGGCUUCCUGGUGGUGCAGCUGUGCAAAAAGGCGGGCAUGAUGAUGCCCAUGCCCAUGUCCAUGGAACCGGCGCCCGCCCCGCCCAUGCCCUACGGGCCUCCGGCCCCGGCUCCGCCACCCACCAACCAGUACGGCCCGCCCACCAACCAGUACGGCCCUCCUAGCAACGAGUACGGCCCACCCAGCACGCAGUACGGCGCGCCCACGGGCUGGGACGCGUCCGCUGCCGGAGGCGGAAACGGCAACGGCAAUGGCAACGGCAACGGGAACCCGUACGCGCGGGUGUGGGACCCCCAGCAGCUGGCCUAUAGCGCGUACUACUCCCAGCAGCAGCCGCAGCCGCAGCAGGCCACGGCCACCACGGCGGGCACCCAGGCACAGUAGUAGGUACCGACCAGCUUCUCUGGACCCCGAAUUUCGAUAACAUGUCUUUUAUUUAGGUCUGCAGUCUUCUGUGUUCGUUGUCAUCCAUGACUGUGCCGCAUUCCUGCUCAAAUUUCUAGGAUAACGUUUCGAUCCGCCUUCAGGUAUCUUCUUCAGGAUUCAGUUGGUGUGCCAGGUGGCUAAACAACCAGUGACAUAACUUUUCCCCAAAAGUUUCGGGAAAACACCCAUUACAAGUCGAGGGGAUGCUGCCGACUUUGUUCAGCCAUUUGUGAACACUAGAAGACUCCUGAAGAUGUUCCCAGCAGAGGGAUCGAAACGUCGAACUUUCUAGAAGUUUGAAGAGGAAUACAACGUGGCCGAACUAACUGAGAAGAUUUUUACCUUCACUGGAGGUGUUUCACAGCAGUGUACACUAUGGAGAAACCUGAUCACAGAUUAAAACUAGGCAUUAAACCUCUACGUUUCUCGCGGACAAUGUGCAAUAACCUCCGCUAUAUUUUUCAAAAUUUCGCAGAGGGUAUUCUGUCUCAACAUAUAUUUUUCUGUUUUAAUAAUGAGCGUGGAACUCACAUUUUCAUUCCUCGCAUGAACUGUUAUUGUUGACUUUGUUAUUGUUGCUGUUGCGUUCUUCGACCCGAAGACUGGUAUGAUGUAGACUUCAAAUCAGUCAGCCCAGGACUCAUCAUCUCCGUAACUUACAUUCAUCUGAACCUGCUGCCAAUGUGUCCACUAUGCUGUUCGAAGGGGUUUCUUGCAUUUCUGUAUUUUCAUUUAUUGUUGGACCUGCUACUGUAUUAGCUGUAUUUGAUUUUGAGCUGAUAACCCAGUACUCACUUCAGAAGAAAUCGGGCGUGGUAGUCUUGUGGCAAGGCACGUUCGUGGAAACCCAGAGGUCAGAGAACUGAAUCGUGGUCGGACCAUGGAAAUUUUCUGUCCGCCUUUCAUUUAAUCUUCAACGCUCAGUGUUGUGAAGGAUCGCCAGAAACGACAUUUGGUUCGGAUUCCGCGCUAAACUGUAGAUUUCGUUUCCUUGGUUGAAUAAUUGAGGCUGAUUAGCGACACGCAGGUCGUCAAAGAGACUUGCAUCCGACCAUUGAACUACACAUACCAAAUGUAUCUCAGUCCACGUCGUCUUAAACAUUUUUUCCCAUGGCCACAUUUCCGAAAUUGGUAAGCGUCUUAAUUCUUUCUUUUAAAUGAUUAACUGCUGUAUAACACUAUAAGCCAGCCACAGCAUUUAAAACAUCAUUUUCUUGGCUUCACUGAUAUUUUUCACAUCUUCAAAUGCUCUCUUUCCCACAGAUAUCCUACUUCCUAUUUCUUCUGAACAGCUUCCCUUCCAUCUCAUAAAACUCCCCAUGUAAAUAAAGAUUUUAAUUGUCCUGUCCAUAUCCCUUGCAAGAAUAUGUUAACUGGAGCUUCCUUCUUGCUUAUUCUCGUCAUUUCUUUUUCCGAAUUCAUACACCUCACCCCUUCUUGCAGUACUCUUCAACAUCUGCUGAAUUUCCUCUUCUGAUUCCUCCCACAUGUAGCGUUCUCUGUGGCCUUUCCUUCCAGUUCUUCUAUGUAUAAGAUGAACAGCUUCGGAUACGGUGAGCGUCUUUACCUUACUCUCCAUACAAUGUUCAUCUCUCAAGUCUUCUCGUUCCAUACGAUAACUGUCACUUAUGGGUUUGCGUACAUCUCCUUUAUUUACCUAUCUUUCCAGUCUAUACCAACAUUUUUAAAAUUCUUUCAUCAAUAAUCGUACUGCGUGCUUAUCUUAUCUGGAGCGUUUCCAUGUUCGAACUUCAGCACAGCAAAUAAUUGGGUCACCUACAGCGUCAGAGUGGCAACGACAUGAUAAAAAAAGUACUUUCUCAGGACUUAACGAUCAACGUAGAUCUCCGAUACUGAAAUAGUAACACUAUCAUCAAUAAUUAUUAAUUAUAAUCAAUUAUAUUUAGGAGAUUCUUUUACCGUUACGAGAAGUCAUCUGUACUUUGAUGAGUGGGACAGAUUUUAGAAACAUUGGAUCAUUUACAGACAAUGGAUUACGAAAAUUGUUCAAUAAAAUAAGCAGUAAGCGUUUUGUGUAUGAUAUAAACAAUUUUGUAAUUAAUUAUUGUUUUUUCCAGAUUCUUACAAGCUGAGGGAGACUGAAAAAACUCUGCUGAGUUAAUGACACCGUAUUUAUUUAUUUGUGUUUUCUUCGACAUGAAAAACGAGAAGCAUUAUGACGUCUACCACUUUGUUUCAGACAUAGGUCUGAAAACAAUGUUGGAAGUAUAGGUAGCUGCUGAUACUUCCUGCUGCUGACUGAACUCAGGCGUGACGUGAGAACUGUUCCUAGAUUCUCAGGAUAUUAGUCCAAAGGGCGACAGUUUACUUCAGGAAGAAACACAUCAUGCCAAAGAUUUAUUUAUUAAUAUUGUAUACGUGUCUCAAAUGAAACAUUAUUUAUUAAUAAAAGACAUUGAUUGAUUGCACAUGAACGUGUCUAAGACAUUACCUACCUUUGCAACAGUACAUUUGUAAUCAAUCCAAGACAUUUAUUGGGUUGAGAGCUUCAGGGGAAUUUAUGUUUAACAGUGUGUUUUUAGCUGAAUUACAACAGUCAAAACCUAUUUGCAAUAAACAUUGAUUGAUGAAACAA